CGCGCCGCCACCUCCCCCCGGCCUGCCCGAAGCGACCAGACCUCCCCCCGCCUGCCUGACCCGCGCGCCGCUCCUCCUCUCUGCUGCUGCAGCGCACCUCGGCCGCGGGCCGCCUAGCCUUCGUGCUGGUCCUCUCCUGAGUCCUGACUCCUGCUGCGUGUACUCGUCGUGCCCGCCGCCGACUCUGCUCACCUCCCAACCUGCCUGUCCACCCACGGUGCAGCUGCAGAUCGAUCCCUCUGUCGCAGGCACUCACCUCAGCUCACAGCACUAAUAAACUAGUAGUACAGGACAAGUCAGGACGCGGCGCGCGCGGCGCGUGGCCGGCCAUGGCGUCAUCCGCCUCCACGACGUCGGGCGACGACGAGCGCCCGAGCGCACCGCCCCGCGACCCGCCCGCCGGGGCGGCGCCGCCGCAGGCGCACGCGGAGUGGGUCGCGUCGAUGCAGGCCUACUACGCCGCUGGCGGGCAGCCUUACGCCUGGCACGCCGCGCAGCAGCACAUGUUGGCGGCGGCGGCGGCGGCGGCGGGCGCGCCGUACGGGACACCCAUGCCAUUCCACGUGUCGUUCCACCCCGCAUACUACGCGCACGCGGCCAUGGCCACGAGUGUUCCCUACACAGCUGGCGAGGCCCUUGCGGUGGCGGAAGGGAAGAGCAAGAGGAAGAGCUCUGGUGCUCCCUCUGUCGGUAGUGCUUCUGGAAGCAGUAACGGCGGCAGCGAGGAGGCAUCAGAGAAAAGAGAUGCUAGUGCCGGGCACAAGCUAUUACCUUCUGCAAAGAGGAGAAAGUCCACCGGUGCAAAUGGGCAAGGAGAGCCAUCUCAGGCUGCAAUAAUGCAAGAUGUUGCAGCUGAGGCCCGAAGUGCAGCAAAGAGGCCAGGGAAGCUCUCAGUUUCGACAACUGAAAUGGCAGCAAUUUCCAAUGCAAGACCGAACUUGAACAUUGGAAUAGAUCUUUGGAGUAAUUCUCCGGUUAAAGCAGAGACCUCUGGACCGAUUCAGAUAAAUGCAGCAGCACCUUCCCAUGAUGUCCCUUUGUCACAUAUGCAGGAUGAACGAGAACUGAAGAGGGAGAGAAGAAAGCAAUCUAACAGAGAGUCAGCAAGGAGAUCAAGACUACGCAAGCAGCAAGAAUGUGAGGAGCUAGCCCAGAAGGUAACUGACCUUACUGCCAUUAAUGGCACACUAAGAUCAGAACUCGACCAGCUUAAGAAGGCCUGUGAAGACAUGGAAGCAGAGAAUUCACAACUAAUGGGUGAAAUGGAACAGGCCGAGGCGCCUAGUGUUGUAACAACUUUGAGCAUGCAUAUAGACACAGCAAAGGUGCAUCAUGGGAAGAGUGAUCAACAUCGUGAUAAAAACAACAAUGAUAGCAAGGGAUAGUUUUGAGUAGCAACCAUGUAGGUGUUGGCUCUAGAUAAGGCUAAAAGAUGAGAUGAGGUGCUUAAUAUUAACUGCAGCAUUAUCAUCAGUUUUUUCUUCCGUUAUUACAGCUACAGCCAUAUUUACCCCUUUCCAGAGCUACUGGCAAGCGUUCUGAUACGGACAGGGUCUAUGGCUUGUAUAUAGCUGUCAUGUAUCAGGUCAAAAUGUGAGUAAACUGCCUUGCAUCAGCGAAUCAGCUGUGGCUGCCUACUACGACGAAUACUGUAAAACGAUUCAAAGAAACUGUAAUGAAGCGAUAACAUAGAUCCAA